UGUUAUGUUCAGAGGCUGAUCCUUAUCCACGCCUGCAAUGAACUAUGCAAACUUGACAUGACUUGUCAGUGUGUUAGUUCUUGUUUAAUCCUUAAGGCUGGUGUAGCUUGUUCAGCUCUUUAGCUUAGAUUGAGUGUGCUGUUAUUUUCCACAGUGCAAUUCAAACUUGAACUAGUAUCUGGAGGUCCACAUGGCUUUUUUGAACAAAGUAAGGGGAGGCAGUCAGGUAUGCAACAGGGCGGUGGUGGUGUCCGUUAAGGAUUUUGACCCUGGAGUUGAACUGGCCAGGCGGAAGGGAGUCGGUCGCGAUGCCAAGCGGCUCCACAAAGUGUUAAGUCGACUUGGCUUUAAAGUGAAGAUCCACAAUGACCCAACAGCACAAGAGAUCUACAGUUUGUUUGAAGAGGAGAGCAAAAAGACUGUUGAAAGUUCCUUCAUAGGCAUCAUUUCUAGUCAUGGAGAGGAAGGAGUGGUGUUUGGGGCAGAUGGCAAUCGUGUGAGACUCUCUCGGAUCUUUGGGUUUUUUAACGGCCCCACCAUGGUUGAUAAAACAAAGCUCUUCUUUGUGCAGGCAUGUCGAGGCCACGAUUUAGACAGUGGAGUUGAUAUACAGACAGACUCAGUCUCCUUUUCAGAUGAAGACGACUAUGUCUUUGACUACCUCUCCAUUCCUGUUGACACAGCUGUCAUGUAUGCAACAGCUCCAGGUUACAGUGCUUUUAUGCACCCGUUAGGCUCAGUCUUCAUCCAGACUCUCUGCGACCUUUUGGAAGAGGAUGGAGGCCGUGACCUGGAGAUAAACCGUAUCAUGACGCGGCUGAAUUACCAGGUCGCCUUCCACUUCCAGGCAAGGGGACGGGAGCUGGCCGGCAAGAAGGAGAUGCCAUGCUUUGUGACCCGCCUUACCAAAGAGGUGUAUCCCUUUAGAGACUCACAGAGGAACAUUGAGGAGCUGAGUGAAAAACUUUCAACCACAGUGGUGGAGAAAUCUCACAACAUACGCAAGCGCUCCAUCAGUUAAACGAACAACCUUAUCUAGGUGUGUAAAUACUUUGUUCAUCUUGUGUCUAGUUGCAUUUUUUUUCUAUCACAUCUAUGUAUGCAUUUUACUUCUAUCUCAUCCUUUGUCAAAUUAUUUUCAUACUGGUGUAUAUAGUACAUACAAGCAAACAGAUUGGAGAAUGUUUUAGUUCUUUACUAUAUGAUAAUUUACUGAUUUUAAUGCAUUUAGAUUGAACGUGUUGUCCUAUCCAGUUUUUCCCCAGUGUAUAAACUGGCAUCAUCUGAUGGGUGGCAGGUUGUAAUCGGUUGUUAACGGAAAAAACAAAACUGAAAAUGAAAUAUAAACAAUAAUUAUAGUUGGCUCAGA